AAAAAACCCGACGAAUGUCAUUUUUCAAGAUACCUAAUACCCGUGCGAUUAGGUUUCGGAGAGAGACAACUGUCGGUAGGAUAGGGAAAGAUUGUCUAUGGACUAAUCGUAUGAACAUAUUUGACUGGCUUUUUUCUCAGAGGAGGACGAGGAGGUGGAGGAAGAGAAGGAGGGGAGGAAGGCAUUAUCGGGCUAGCCCAUCUUGAGGAACUUACGGAACUUCGGCACGGGUAUCAAGUAUCUUAAAAACAGACUUUAUAUCGAUUUUCUUUGACAUUAUACUGGUUUUUUUUUUUGAAACUAUGUAGGUUUUUCUACAAGAUGUUAACUUAGCACUUAGUUGUACGUGUUGCGUACGUCAUGAGGCUUGUUAUCAAUCUUUGGCUUUGAUGUUAUGUAAAAUCUGCUUCUGAGAUGGCAUUACUGGAGGUCUAAGCUGUAAGUUGUAUGUGUUGAUGACAAUUAUAUUGGGUUCUUG